AUGGCGUCAUAUUUAGUGACUGGCUCUUCUCGAGGCCUCGGAUUGGCCUUGGUUGCCCGUCUAGCAGCAUUACCUAAAACCGAGGUGGGAACAAUCAUCGCCACUGCACGACAGGACAAAUCUCCUCAACUGAGGGAGAUUGCAACUACCUCAUCAGGCCGAGUGCAGAUCGUCAAGCUAGAUGUCACUGAUGAGUCCAGUGUGAAAGAGGCUGUGGCGGCAGUAGAGCGCCAACUGGAAGGGAAGGGCCUUGAUUACUUGGUCAACAACGCUGGAGUGAGCGACUGGUCCCCAACUGGACUGGACGGAAUGGACAACCUAAACGAGACGUUCAAUAUCAAUGUUACUGGGACACAUCUUGUGUCGCGCGCCUUCCUGCCACUUCUGCGCAAAGGCGACAAGAAAACAAUAAUCAACAUAUCGAGCACUGUAGGCUCCAUAGCUAUGACUGAAUCCUAUGGAUACCUGACAACACCGGCAUACAAGAUCUCAAAGGCCGCAUUGAACAUGCUCACUGCGCAAUAUGCCCAGCAAUAUGCGCGUGAUGGCUUCACCGUCCUUGCGAUAAGUCCUGGUUGGCUUCGCACCGACCUUGGUACCGAUAAAGCAGACCUUUCAGUGGAAACAGGUGCAGAGAAGGUCCUGGACAUCAUACAAAAGGUAACACCGGAUCAGAAUGGAAAGUUUUUGAACAUAUAUGUUCCUAAAUCGGAGACACAAAAUGGUGCAAGUCAUUAUGACGGCAAAGAGAUCCCUUGGUGA